AAUGUAUUUUUUUGAUAUCUGGUUAUUCGCCAGCGCCUGGUCUUCCAGUAUCCCGGCGGGCCAUGCGGCGGCCUCUUCCUCCAUCUUGAUUUACAGGGCGGACUGGUCCGGCUGCCUGGCGCACUCGCAAUGCCUGGAAGAUUGUGGUGCAAAGCUGUUUUUACUGGCUAUAAACGUGGCCUUCGAAACCAAAGAGAGCAUACAGCUCUAUUGAAGAUUGAGGGCGUUUAUUGCCGUGAUGAGACUGACUUUUACCUGGGCAAGAAAUGUGCCUAUGUCUACAAGGCAAAGAACAACACUGUCACCCCUGGUGGUAAACCGAAUAAAACCCGUGUCAUUUGGGGUAAAGUGACUCGUUCUCAUGGAAACAGUGGCAUGGUCCGUGCCAAGUUUAGAAGUAACCUGCCCGCGAAGGCUAUUGGGCAUAGGAUUCGAGUGAUGCUGUACCCAUCAAGAGUUUAAAGUAAAGGUGUACAUAAAUUGAAAAUAAAUAGUAAAUUGGUCUAAA